AUGGCUGUAGUGCUGUAUUUGCUGACAUUUUCAUGUAGCAUCACGCAAACGUUGAAAUUAACCAAGCCGAAAAAUAAAAAACGUGUCCAGUGGGACGCUAACACGGUCGAUAAUGAAUUCCUGAAUCGUAAAUCAUCGAAAUGUUGCUGCAUAUACUCCAAACAUGUUAAACUUGAAGAUCGUGAUGCUUCUAGUAGUGACGAUGACGAUGUUAAUGGUGGCGAUCAAAAGUGCGAGAAAAAGAAAGGUUGCCGCUACUGUAACAUUCGUGAUAAAUUACAGCAGCAACAACAACCACGACAAUAG